AUGGCUUCCCAACACGUUUCUGCCCUCGGUAUGGCCUUGAAUGGCAAAUCUGGAUCGGUCAACGUUCCAAAGUCGCGCGAUAAAGUCGCCACCCGGGACUCCUUAACUGGUGUACCCAAACGCGGUGGCGACCAGCUCCCAACGCCUCCUCACUCCCUCUCUCCUAAUCUGCCUGCGAGUGGCGACUCCGAUCUCGACCUGAAAGACGCUCCGGCGCUACAGAACGCGCUCAAUGCCGAAGCGCUCGACAGUCUCGGUGAUCUCGACAGUGCUGGUGCUAUCACCCCGUCCCUGCUCGCGAAACAUCAUCUGCCCGAGAUCUUGUUGUCUCAUGGCCCACUCGCCAUCAGGCACAUCAUGGGCUAUCUGACUACGUCAGUCCCUGGCUUCUCCCGUAUCACCUCCGCAAAAGCGCGUCGCUUAGUUGUCGCUGCGCUCGAAGGUCGUGGCAGCGGCGACGGAGCAGGCAUCAAUGGCGAUGUCGUCUUCGAUAAGGUCGGCUGGGGAAGAUGGGAUGCGCGUCUUCGCGGCCAGCCUCCUCGCCUGCAGGUUCCGCAGAAGUCUCAGCACAGCGGCUCGGACGCCUUCGGUACGAGCUUUACCGGAAAUUCGGCCGUCUUCUCCCACUCCGAAGCCGAGUACGACGAUCGCGAUGCUCUCGAGCACGAGGCCGACAAGAUGUCUCUCGACAACGCCGGGUCUGAGUACGCGUCCUCUGAGCCUGGUGAAGACAUCGAGAUCGAUCUCGGAGAAGGCGACUCCACCGACGAGGAAGACUGGCAAGCCAUUGGCGCUGAAGCACUGCGUGCGCGAUCUCUCCCAAAAGGUGGUGUCCGUCGACCUUCUGGUGGCGGACGACUCUAUCAACCCAUCAGAACAUAUUCUACAGCGUCACGGUAUCGAGCAAAGACUCCGGCAUACCUUGCGCAGUCGGCUCCAUCCCAUCCGUACAACCUCGCUAAUCAACUACCACUUGACGCUGGCGUCAAUUCUUUCUCCGAAAAAGCAGCGAUUGAGGCGCUGCUCAGCCUUGGACGAUAA